AUGAUGAUGAUGCAGGUGACAUUAUUCGUCGCCGUGCUGGUUCUUGCGGCCUCAGUUCGCGUCGACUCCCAGUCCUUUCUGCCCAUCGACUGCGACGACGUCUAUCGCCAUGACAACACCAGCUCCAGUGGGGUGUACAUCAUCUACCCAGGAGGUCCCACCACGCCGCUGCAUGUCUACUGUGACAUGGACACCAACGGGGGCCGAUGGACUGUAUUUCAGAGGAGGAUGGAUGGGACCGAAAACUUCUACAGGCCCUGGAAGCACUAUAAGACUGGAUUUGGGAAUGUGGCCGGAGAAUAUUGGCUCGGCCUGGAAAACAUCUUCCUGCUGACUAUGAGGAAGAAGAACGAGCUGCAGGUCGACAUGGAGGACUGGGCGGGAGGGAAGGCGUCCGCCCAAUACUCCUCCUUCUCGAUCGAUUCUGAGAACGCUGGUUAUCGGCUUCACUUUGGCAGCUUCACUGGCGGAGCGGCAGGGGACAGUUUGAUGGAACACAACGACAUGAAGUUCACCACGUUUGACAAAGAUCUGGACCAGUGGGAGCAUAACUGCGCUCAGCAUUUUCUCGGAGGAUUCUGGUACGGAAAGUGCCACUCGGCUAACCCCAACGGCAUGUACGCAGCCCAAAGUGCCAUCGGGUAUUCCAACACCCUCAACAUUUGGCGAACGUGGAAAAGCCAGAACUCCCUCAAGACUAUUGACAUGAAGAUGAGAUCGAUCGCUACGUGUACAUGCGCACUUUAA